AUGGAAACUCCAACUGCACUGACAAAACCGCGAAAUGUUACUCACACUUUAUACAAAUUACAUGACUGGCUAAGAAAAGGGUUGAUUGAUGUCAACCCUGAAUUCCAGCGAGUAGAGGGUAGUAACAAAUGGAAACGUGUUUGUAUUGAUGGAAAGCAGAGAUUGACAUCAAUUACAAGAUUUAUGAAUAACGAAAUUCCUCAUCAUUCACCUUCUGGAGGACAUAACGUAAAACGAUAUUAUGAGAAAGCUGAAGGAUCAAACCACAUGUUAACUGAUGAGGAAAGAGAAUUAUUCGAUUGUUUUGAGAUCGUUUGUGUCGAAUACUAUGAUCUCUCGUUGUCACAGGAACAAGAGAUAUUCAGUCGCGUUCAGCUUGGCGUACCGCUAACUGCAGCAGAAAAAUUGGCAGUUAUAAAUACACCCAUUGUUGAUUUUGCGCAAGAUCUUUAUAAAAAUUAUCCAUCAAUAUCAAAAAUUAUUGAUACAACCAGAGGCAAACCACUUCAAUUGAUUUCUCAAACACUUCACAUGAUUGAACAAGAAUCUGAGAAAUUUAAAGCAUCAAUUGUAUCUAUUCAAAAAUAUUUACAAAACGGUCGAGAAGUUCCAUUUGGACUUGCACAAUCAGUCAAAAAAGUUUUUGAAACAUUGGUAACCUUGAUUGAUCUUGACGUACAAAUGUUUCAUCAAAACAACAAAUUUUCACCUAUUGAAUUCGUAUUCUUUUGUUGGAUUAUAGCAAAAUUUCCAGAUGUUGGAGUGAUUGUAUAUAAAGAUUAUCUAAAACGAAUGAAAGAAUAUGUUAGGAGGUAUCAUGUAGAUAUUCGAUUCAAUCAAAAUGUUUAUGCUACUUUAAGAAGGUUCGUCUCAGAGUUAGAACAAGAACAGUUUAUGGCAGAAAUGAAUUUUUAUGGUAGCUAUGAUACGAAUUAUGAUCCUAAUGAACCAUCAAGAAAGAGAAUUAAAACCGAAGUGGAUUAA